AUGAACCACCUCAACCACUCUGCCGCCGCCGCGCGGAAUCAAGAGGACGAGGAAAGGGAAUGGCGGGAGAAGGAGGACACUGAGUCGAUAACAUCGGACGACGAAAUGUGGGCGCCGCUCCUGUCGGAGUUGCACCCUCCUCUCGCAAUCGAUGCCGAACUGUUUCGUCGCCGAGCGCAUCACCACCACCACGCCGCCCGGACCACGACGACGACAACGUCGAGCGAUUCCAACAACAGCACCAACAACAACACCAAUACCGAAUCGCAAUUACCUCAAAGAGGCGACGAAACCAAACGGAAACCUGCCGUUGAAACAUUGCUGUCGGAAACACCAUACGAAAGCAAGCAUCUCGAUCGGUCAUUCGGAAGUGUUUACCAACCACCACCAAUAGCACCAUCAACACCAAUAACACCACCAGUACCACCACCAGUACCACCACCAGUACCACCACCGGUCCUCGAACACCCACCACUCGUUCUUCCCGUAACCGUUGACUUCGUCGCCGACGAAUUGGCAGUCGACGAAGAUGACGAAGCGGACGGAGAAAUCUCCAUCCUGACGUUGUCAUUCCGCCGGUCAGGCUCGACUCAGCGUCACUCCACCGUGAACUACCACUCGAACACGCAAUCUGGGCGCAUAUUCCGCCAACCACGAUUACGACGAGUGACGUCGCGGCGAUUAGCAGAGGAGGACGCUGCAAAAUGUGGCAGCAGCGGCGACGCCGGCGCGGAGUUCGUUUCGACGCGGCACAAACGAGAUCGUGAUCGCAUCCACAAGAGUUCGAGACGGAAAAAACGCCCGCGCAGGGAAAUGCUGUCGGGCGGCCCCAACUCGUUCAACAAACAAUCACCGCAGUUACCGAGCAUUCUCGAGGACGAUGAUGGGUGCUCGAUGGAUUGGACGGAGAAGGAGGAUCUGUGCCCCGAAGUGCUGGUCGAGAAGUCCGGCUGUUAG